ACGUCAGAAAUCACAGGAAAACAACACUAAACCGAAGAACAGAAAGAAACAAAGAAGAAGAAUCAAGGGUUCAACAAUGGCAGCAAUGCAUUUCACAAGAGCUUCCAUUUUCAACGUUUCUAAAGCAAACAUACCUCGUUUUACUUCUCUUCCUUUCCCUCACAAACCCUCUAGGGUUUCCUUCACUUCUGCCUCCAAAUUUUCACAGAGAAAGCAUGCAAGUGAAGAAACCAACCAUGGCUAUAACGACGAUCAUGAAGCAAUCAACUACUCCGGCGAUAAGUCAUCGGAGAUGGGACGAGAUGCGAAGAACAAAAUGUGGGAAGGUAAAGAGAGAAUGAAAGAAGGUGCAAGAGAAACCAAGGACAUGUCCAUGGAUGGCAUGAAAGAAGGGAAAGAGAGGAUGAAAGAAAGUGCUACAGAGAUGAAAGAGAAAGCAAACGAAACGGCUGGAAAAGCAGCAGAUCGAGCCGAUGACAUGAAAGAGAAGGCUAAAGAGAAGGGUCACGAGAUGAAAGAAAGCGCUCAAGAUACCGCUAACAUGGCGGCACACAAGGCCGGGGAAGGGAAGAACAAGGCGGCUGAAAUGGCAAAGGCUGCAAAAGACAAGACCAUGGAUGCUGCCGGAGCUGUGGCGGAGAAGACGAAACAGACAGUGGCUGGUGCUUGGGAUGCCGCCAAGGGGACGUCACAUAAGAUCAAAGAGAAGGUCGUUGGGACAUCAUCGGAUGACGAUGACGACAACGAUGAUUGGGGUAACGAUAGUUUGGGAAAACCGAAGGUGAAGGACGAAGAUGCGAAGAAUCUGAGGAGGAAAGUUGGUAAUCUUGAUCAUGAGAAAAAGGAUUUCUAGCU